AUGUUUAACGAUAUCGCUGAUUUUUCAGUUCAAACUAAACCAAUCGUUUGCUUGUGCCAGGCAUCUCGAGCACCAUGCAAGCUCCAGUGUACGGCCACUGUUUUUCGCUUGUGUAGGCGAAAUACAAAUACUACGAAAAACAUGCUUGCAGUGCUAGUGAAUAAGUAUUACGUUAAUUAACUGCGGUUCCACAGUUUCCUUAUAAUUGUGGCGGCCUUUUGAUUUGAAUUGUAAAGUUCAUUUUGGGCUCUCAUUCAUGGGGAUGGAAGUCGGUGGACCUUUGACGCUAUCGUCUGGGUAAGAUUGCGAACGAUGAAGGAAAGUCAGGCGACGGCUGCACACUGAUAGCCAUCGAAAGGACUUUGGAUUUUGGAACGUCCCAGUCGGUGAAUUCUUGUGCGAAGCCAGCACCGCCAUUAGAUGCCGCACCUGACCGUGGUGAGGUGCCGAAGCAGUAUCCACUGAUGCCCAAAUGAUUAUGCGAACGGCUGUAACUGUGAACAAAUUACCAUGGAUUUCAGAAUUCUGAUUUAUUUGAAAAUUUUCAGUUUUUCGCUAUGGAUACCUAUAAAAUCCUGAAGUCUUUCAUUCUUGGGAAAAGUGAUUUCUCCUACUAUAUAUUAUGGACAUACAUAUGGAGAACAUAAUCGAAGUGUCUGACACCGACGAUGCGGAAAACGAUCCACCGCCAAACAACAACGGUUAUCAGCCGCUAACCGCGAAACCAAAAACCACAAUGCAUAAGCGGCACGAUAAUUAUUACUGUCGUUACUAUGGUCCACCAGCGAUUAUCGUUGUUAUAACGCUUCUGAUAUUUGCGUUUUAUCUACAAAGUGGAUCGCUGCCGUUUAGCGACAAUCGCAUCAGCAACGUUUUCUCCUUUGCUUUUGAUGCUUCGCCCCCAAAUGUAAGCGGACGGCCCAUUAUUUUGUUUUGGACAAAAUUCUUUGGUGAGGAUAUGCCAUACUUGCAUGACAGGAUGGAGGCAUGUCGGAAUAAGUGCUUCGCCACCGAUGACCGGCGCUACUUGUCGCAGAGUGCUGCUGUGAUUUUUCACAUCCGGGAUUUCCAUGAGGAUGAUCUACCGCCGCAUCGCACACCGGAACAGUUGUACGUUUUUUUCCUUAUGGAAUCUCCUCCGCAUACGCUGCUAGAUCUGAAAAAACCUGCGCUCCGUGACUUUUUCAAUCUCACAUGGACGUAUCGAUUGGAUUCGGAUAUAUUUUCGGCAUUGUACUUUGAUAACUGGGCGGUGCAGUCAUGGGUGGACCGGUCAAAAGCCAAUGAGUUCCUCCAGAAAAAGCUUAACCGGUCGGUGUUUUUCUCUUCCAACUGUCAUACGCCAAACCACCGAGAGGAUUAUGUUACCGAACUGGAGAAGCAUUUUCCUGUAGAUGUCUUCGGGAAGUGCGGAAAGGCGUCGUGCCAAAAAGGAGACAAACAAUGUGAACAGAAGAUCAUCGCGAAAUACAAAUUUUACCUAGCCUUUGAAAACAGUAAUUGUCUGGAUUAUGUGACCGAAAAGCCCAUGCGAGCGUUGAAUUUUGGAACAGUACCGAUUGUUAUGGGAGGUGCUAACUACUCAGCCAUGUUCCCAAAAAAUUCCCUCAUUGACAGUGGUGAUUUUAAGCGCCCAGCCAAAUUGGCGGAAUACCUGCGAAACCUGACCGGUGAUUUUGAACAGUACCAAAGACUCUUUGAAUGGAGAUUCAAUUCUGCUGUUACUAAAGUGCCAAAUAAUUUUAUUAAUCCGGCUGAUGUUGAUAUGUGUAAAUUAUGUGAAUUACUGCACAAUCGGACCCUUAUUAGACAGACCCCACUAGAUCUUUCUGAUUGGUGGUCCAAAAAAGCUCAGUGCACGAGGUGGUACGCUGAAUAAAAACGGAAGUAAAUUGUAAUGAUA